CUAUGGAGUUAUGGAGAGUGGUAACAGAUUUGUAUGAGGCUCAUUAGAUGUAAAUACUUGGGCAUGCAAUUUAGUAAAAGGCUCACCAAUUUAACAUGCUACCUGCUGUCAAGUGAUUUUCUUAAUCUAAGAGAGUUAUCGAGCGUGAAACAUGGAAAAACGACCGCUGAAAGGAAGUGUUUCUUCAAUUCCUAUGAGCGUUCCUGCUUCCUACCAGUCAGUUAUUGACAAACCAAACUUGGUUGUAUUUUAUGGACCGCAGGCCUUAAAACAACGUACUCAGGUUGCCAACGGAGAGAAGCAUCGACACUGCUCAAGCUCAGACGACGACAUGAUUGACAUCACCACGGGCAUGGCUAACCCCAACUUUCAGGAUGAGUUGACAUCAUCUCAAUACACAGAUGAUAUCCCGGGGAUUGGUCAGUAUGAGGACUUCCACACGAUAGACUGGCAGCGGGAUAUAGCACGGGACCGCAUGCGUCACCGUUACAUUGUCAAGCGCAAACAGAACUCUGUGUUUGACCUGGUGCGUGGGGCCCAUGACGCUUGGUCAGGCUGGCUGUGUGUACUGCUGGUGGGGCUAGUGACAGGCUGUGUAGCCGGUGUCAUCGACAUAGGGGCCUCCUGGAUGUCUGAUCUCAAGUACGGAUUGUGUCCUCAGGCCUUUUGGCUCAACGAGGAGCAGUGUUGUUGGUCUUCCAAUGAGACAAGUUAUGGUGACAAGGGCAACUGUUCCCAGUGGAUGACGUGGUCCGAGUUGAUAGCUGAUGCCAAGACUGGAGCUGGUGCUUACAUUAUCCAGUUCAUCUUCUACGUCAUGUGGGCUCUUCUGUUCGCCUUACUUGCCGCCUCUCUCGUCAGGAUGUUUGCCCCUUAUGCUUGUGGUUCUGGUAUUCCUGAGAUAAAAACAAUAUUGAGUGGUUUCAUCAUCAGAGGUUACUUGGGAAAAUGGACACUGAUAAUCAAGUCUGUUGGCAUCAUGUUGGCUGUGUCUGCAGGUCUCAGUUUGGGCAAGGAGGGGCCAAUGGUUCACAUAGCAUGUUGUAUAGGUAAUAUUUUAUCUUAUUUAUUCCCGAAAUAUGGAAAAAAUGAAGCUAAAAAGAGAGAAAUACUAUCAGCAGCUGCAGCAGCCGGUGUUUCGGUAGCUUUCGGAGCUCCAAUUGGUGGAGUACUCUUCAGCUUGGAGGAAGUCAGUUACUACUUUCCUCUGAAGACCUUAUGGCGCUCAUUUUUCUGUGCUUUGGUGGCUGCGUUUGUGCUUCGAUCCAUAAAUCCUUUUGGAAACGAGCACUCUGUCCUCUUCUACGUAGAAUACAACAAACCUUUUAUGUUUUUUGAGCUAGUUCCAUUCGUGGGACUUGGAAUCAUCGGAGGAGUGAUCGCCACAAUAUUCAUCAAGGCCAACCUGUACUGGUGCCGCUAUCGCAAAGUCUCACGACUCGGCCAAUAUCCAGUUACUGAAGUUCUAGUCGUCACGGCAAUCACUGCAGUAGUCGGUUACCUUAACCGCUUCACUCGUAUGAGUACAAGUCAGCUCAUUUUCCUACUCUUCAGUCAGUGUGGUGUCUCUGACUCCUAUGGUCUAUGUGACUACGUGUACACCCGUAAUAAUGUAACCAGAGUAGUGGAAGAGUCGUCAUCGGGUCCAGGAGUCUACCAAGCAGUCAUCCUCCUCAUACUGGCCCUCAUCUUCAAACUAGUCACCACAAUAUUCACAUUCGGCAUGAAGGUGCCAUGUGGGCUGUUCAUCCCAAGUUUAUGUCUUGGAGGCAUCGUUGGCAGAAUUGUAGGCAUCUGUGUGCAGCGACUAGCUUUGGAGUACCCUCAUAUUUGGGUGUUUGGGGGCGAAUGUGCUAGUGGUGACGACUGCAUCACUCCUGGCCUCUACGCCAUGGUGGGUGCGGCUGCCGUGCUUGGUGGUGUCACAAGGAUGACAGGUAUCAUACAGCAGCUUUAGUAAACUUUAAGAGUU